AUGUUAAACAGAAUCGCCUUGUUGGUGGCCCUUUUUGCUGCGGCUCAAGCUGCUUUGCUGCCUGUGAAGUCCUCCGGGAGCGAGGACACCUUUGAGGCUCAUCCUCGCUACUCCUUCGGCUAUGAAGUACAGGACUCGGAAACCGGCGAUGUAAAGUCACAGUCGGAGUCCCGGGACGGAGAUGUGGUCCAGGGUCAAUAUUCCGUCAACGAUGCCGAUGGUUAUCGCAGGAUUGUAGAGUACACCGCCGAUGACGUUCGAGGCUUCAAUGCUGUGGUGCGCCGUGAGCCACUUUCCAGUGCUGCGGUGGUUGCCAAGCCACUGGUCCCCAUUGUGGCUCAGAAAGUUCAGUUGCAACCUCUACGGAAACUGCCAGCCCUAAAGCCCCUCUCCCAGGCAUCGGCUGUGGUGCACAGAUCCUUUGCCCAGACCCCCACAGUGAUCCACCACGCCCCAGUGGCUCAUCUGGUCCAUGCCCCGCCUACCCAUGCAGUCAUCUCUCAUCAUGUGCCACUGUUGAAGACCUCCCUGCAUCACAGCCAUAAUCUCCAGCCCAUUUCAUAUGUGUUCUAGU